AGACAGAGCAACACUGAGUGAAGAUGAAUUCCAUCAUUUUAUUGUCUGUGUUGUUUUUCUGUGGCUUAACUUUGGCCCAGAACAAUGCUGCUGAGACAGAAGUUGUCAGUGAAACACAGUCAUGUUUUCCUGACAUGUGUAAGCUCCUACAAGAGUUGGGUGCCAUUAAAGAAAAUCUGAAAGCUGUGGAAACCAGACUGAAGGAGAGCGAAAACCAGAUUCUUGAACUGAAGAGCAAAGGUAGAAGAGCAACCAAGAUAGCAUUUAGUGCUGGAACAGGUGGGAACGUAGCCAUUGGACCCUUCAACACAGAUACAACAGUGAUCUUCAAAAACGUGAUAACAAAUGUAGGCAACGCUUACAAUCAGGACACAGGUAUCUUUGCUGCACCUGUCCCUGGCAUCUACUACUUCACCUUCUUUUAUCAUGCUGGAGGAUCAAAUCGUGUGUCUCUGAUCCUCAUGAAGAACAACCAGCGUGUUGUAGCAGCCUAUGACCACCAGACUAACCAUGAUGGGGCUGAUAAUGGAGGCAACGCAGUGUUCCUGCAGCUUCAGCAAGGGGACCAAGUGUAUGUGCGCUUAGGUGCAAACACACAUGUAUGGGGGCACAAUGAAGUCACCACCUUCAGUGGUGUUCUUAUGAAUACACUCUAAGAAAGACUGAAUAACUAAUGUUGGCUCCUAAAAUGAUAUUACUUACUUCUUUAAAAGAUCUACUUUAAUAGAAAGACUGAUUGACCUUUGACAUACUUCAAAAUAUUUUCUCUAACUUAAUAUAUAUAAAAAAAGGUUUCAGUGUUGGUGUUGUUUGUUCAGUGAUAUUCAUACUGAAAUGUUUUUAACACAAGACUGACAUAAUAAAAUCCAGGCGACACACUUUGUGAAAGAGAAACAAAUGUCAUCAAAAGACCUCACCUUUGGUUAAGGAUAUACUGUAUGAUUGGAUCGUAGCUGAUUACUUUUCAUCUUACUUGUGUCUCUGUUCCAUCUUGUUUCAUUACUUUUGUCUUUAAUGAAGUUUUUUAAUUAAUAAAGAUGAAUUCUAUACUAAUACAAUGUUUAAAUAGGUUUUGUUAAAGUCAGCUAAAAGUUAUGCUAAUAAAUUAUUACUGCAUAUCUUCUCAUUGUUCUUCGAUUUAAGCCAUUAAAUGUACUGAUAAGAACGUAGAUACAGAUAAAAGAAUAUAAGAUUAAGUGUGUUAUGGGUGUUAUGAUAAGUGGUGACUACUGUCAUGUUUACAGUCAGACAUUUAAGGUCCUAAGCUUUGAGGGAGGAUGAAGGAGAAAUAAAACGUUGAGCAUG